AGUUGCGACAAAACGAAACCCAGUCACCAGUUGUCCGCCAGUUCUCCACGGAGCAAUUCCCUCUGAAUUGCACUAGCUGCACGGUUUUGGAGUGUUUGUAGUCCCACAGACCUUCCCGAGAGACAGACAAAACCAACAUACCCUUAUUCUUAACAAACACUGGUUAUCCCAAGGCAAAUAUGUCCUGCAAUGAGAAAACAGCGCUGCUGGCAACAUCGCAACAAGGACAUCAGCAGCGGCAGCAACAGCACAUCAUUGUUGUGCCGGGGAUGCGGAAGGAUCCAAAGGAUUAUGAGCCCAUUUUCACAACUGCUGAAUAUUCCUACGGUUUGACGCUGGAGGAAUUGCUGCCCUUCGCUCUGGAUCCCUGGUGGCAGAAUGUGCGGCGCCUCAGUUGUGGGGUUCUGGGAUUGGCCUUCCUGCUGACCCUGAUUGCUGGACUGGCUAUGGCCUAUUCGGGCAGUGUCUGUCAGUCAAAUAGAGCAAUUAGCGGAAACUUUACCACAACUACGACGGGUACGCCACUAGCCUUGGCUUUCAACGGCACGCAGUUGCUGAUGGGCAGCUUAUAGUUGCCGUAGGCCAAUCCUUGGAACAUUUUUGAGAUGCUGCAAUCCCCCAUACGGAAUUGCAUCAGCCGCAUAAACGCACACUAUCUGCAUUUGUUUGGCUUGCCGGUUCUGGAUGCGAUUUUACUCUAGUUGCCAACUGACCGAUAAGCAAUGCAGCGCGGAACCGAUUGAUUGCGGGGCAAUUAAGCUGAUUAAUCUAAUUGUUUUUAGAAUAUUAAAAGUUGCCACCUAUAAACAUGUGCUCAUGAAAAACAAAUAGACCUUUGUCGGUAUUAUGAACGUUUAUAAAUAUGGCAAACAGUCAAAAAAAUAAAAUUACUUUUACCAUA